AUGCUCAAUUUCAAUAUAACCGAACGAUUGAAGGAAAUAUGGUGCCGCACGAUCCUUCAGCGGUGUUUCGGACGUUUUUUACUGACGAAACUGACAAUGAAUGAUUGCUCAUUGAAUUUGGGAGAAGGGAAAUUGGAAAUGUGCAAUUUGUAUAUUAAUGUCGAGGAAGUCAAUAAAUUGCUUCCAAGCAGCUCACUGACGCUAGCCGACGGGUUUAUUGGCAAAAUCUCGAUGGCAAUUCCGUGGUCACAAUUGCUCGCCGAGACUUCUGACAUUCAGCUUGAGCAGCUUCAAUUGACCUUCUUCUCGAAAGAAUCGACAAGCACAAUCAGCAAAGAUGAAGCAAUCUCGCUUGUGAUGAGCUUUAUGGACAGUUUGAAGAUGCCCGAUGAGGAGAUGUCGAGCUCAUCCGAAGAAUCGAUCGAGUCAUUCUCGACGAUUAUCGACGUGAUCUGCUCGCGAAUCCGAAUUUUGCUCGUCGAUUCGAUUGUUCGCAUCGAGACACCGCCCACGGAUCAAUCGGUGAUGUUGUGGACGGCGUUGGAGGUUCAUUGCGAGACGGCCGAAUUUCUCGACGACACCAAUUUCGAGGAGAACUCGAGAUUGCGCAAAAAAAUCAUGAUCGAAGGUGUUUCGUUUUACACCGACAUCUUCUCGGACCUCACCAAAUCGAUGAGCUCGAGCAUUCAGGCUCAACGCGAGCUGCACAUGAGCGAGCAUGAUACGAGCAGCUCGAUAGACGCCAUCAACGCUGAAUUUUUUUCGCUUAUAUGCAAUGAAUCGACAAGCGCCGAAAUUCCCAGGAUCGAGCCGAAUUCGGUGAGAUUCGCGCGCAUCGCCGAGACGAUUCAAGUCGCCAUCGAGAUUUUCGAGGCGGACAACUCGCAAAAACGAUUUCGUGUUGAUAUUGAUGUGAAAACUAUUGAAAUUUUCGCCGCUGUUUCGCAAUUCGACAUUAUUCAAAGGUUUUUCGACACGUCUGCCGGCUUCAACGACCAUCAUUUUGCGGUGACGAUGGGCGAAAUUCGAAUUUCGAAAAACGGCGUCGACGAGACGCAAUUUUGCGUUGAAAUCGGCAAAUUGGAGAUUGUUGAGAAAUUGCGAAAAGAGCAAGGUUUUGAGCAGAUUUCGCUGUUGACGUCUUCAGAAGGCGUCAGAAUCUGCGUCGCGAAUGGUCCGACGAAAAUGACCAUCGAGAUUUUUGCGCGAAAUCUGACAAAAUCCGAAUUCGAUUUGACGCUUCUUCAACGAAUUCGCCUAAUUUCGCGAUCGACGCCGUUUUUUCGGCGAUUCUCGUCGAAAAAAUGCGAAAAAUCGGAAUUUCAAUGCAAACUUCGCGUCGAGACACUUCGAAUCGACGUGAGAACGCCGAAGCCGAAUGAGAUUGGCGCGAAAUUCGAGCGAAAAUUGCACAAUGAGCCGCUCUCGCUGGAAAUCGGCGAUCUUCACGUGAAUCUCGACGAUAAUUGUGAUGAAUUUGCGAUUUUUGGCGAAUUCGACGCAUGUUUGGUGAAAUUCGCCGAAAAUGAGCUAAUGUUGGCGAGGAAUCGUUCAAGAUUCUCGCUGAAAUCGCGACUCGUCGACAAAUUGCCGAAUGUCGAGCAAACUCGGCGGCCGUUUGCGAGCAAUGAGGACGACGAGUCGAUUGAUCGGAUUGACAUUUUGUGCGGACGUCGUCGUGAGCUCGACGAGUUCUCGACGAGCUGCGCUCGACGUUCGAGCGUCGUCGUCGAUUUGACGAUGCCUGACGUGCGAUGUCGCGUCGAAUCAUCGACGACGCUCGAAUUGCUCGCGAAUCGCCUCAACGAGACCGUCGUUUGGCUGCGACGAAGCGCGUUGUUCGCGUCGGCCAAUCGUCAACGAAUCGAGCGAUUCGCGCCGCACUCGUUGACGAUGUCGGUUGGCGUUCGUCAAUUUCUUGCGGUUUUCGAGGCGAACAAGCGAAUUCUUUUGCGUUUCGAUGACUCCAUAUUUGGCGCGACGAUCGGCUUUCACGCCGACGCGAAUCUUUCGUUCAUUCAUUUCUCGGCGCGACAAUCGCUUUUGACCACUGAUUCCCAUCAGUGUGUUGGUGUGACAUCGCCGGAAUUCGGGCGAAUCGCCGACGAGAUUCAUCUCGAAUCAUCGAAUGAGGGUGACGAGGAUUCGAUUGGGAUCGUCGUUCGACUAUUCAAGGAGAACGACGACGCUGAAAUGACAUCCCUCGUCGCCGUGAGUCUCAGAAGCUUAAUACUCCAUAUUAGGCCGAUCGAAUGUUGGGAGGAGCAUUGGACGAGAAGCCUCGGCGAUUUGCUCAAAAUUCAAAUCAACGAGAUUGCUGGUUAUGAGCCGGACCCGAUUACAUUCGAUUUUCGCGUUUGCCUUCAAAACUGCGCACUUCGUUAUGAGCAUAAGAAUUUGAGGCCGACGAGUGUCGAAGCGCUGGAAGCGCGAAUCGGAAUGCUCUAUUUAAGCGAUUCAUUGACGAAUGGGAUCAAUGCUCUUUGCCUUAUUAGGCAUGCGAAAUUGUGCAUAGGGCGGAUGGAAGAAGACCAGAUGAUUGAGAUCAUGGAUUCUGGAGAAGUUGAGUUGAAUUUUGAAUCCAUAUUAGGCCGAAAUGGAUCGAUGAGAUUGAUUUGUUCGACAGAAUUGAAUAUCAAAUGCUCGUUCUGCGCCGAUUCGCUGGCUUCGCUUCUCAACAUUCUCACGGAUUUCGGCGAAAUCGGCAAACAGAAGUGUCCGGAACUCAUGGAAACUAUUGAGUUGUCACCAACUAAAUUGAGUUUGCUCGAAGAAGCAUUGAGAGAAGUUGACGAGCAGGAUUCGCCGAAUCAGACCGCAAGCGAUGGCGAUUAUUCGAUUGUAUCGAUGGAUGAGUGCGAUGAACAAGUCGGAGAGGAAGAAUAUGAGCCGGCGUAUGUCAAUAUUCUUGUCGAUGAAAAUGAAAUUGAGAUGGACAUGGAAUUUUUGAGCAUCGAGAAUAUUCCAAAAGUUGAAGAGGAGCAGCCGAUUUGCAGCGUUUUUUUCAAAAACAUCAAUGUUAGCGCUGAGCUUUAUGGCGGUUUGGAUUUCGAAAGACGUCGUGAGAUUCAGAAUCUCAUCGUCGUCGAAAUUAAAAAGACCGAGCUCAGCUGGAAAUUGUUCGACGACGGUUUGACUCGAAUAUUUCUGAAUAUCGACGACUUCUACGCGCAGGAUUGCGUUGAGAAGAGCGACGAAGCGUUGCUGAUGACAACGUAUUCGAGCGAAGCAACUCCGCGGCGAACACACGAUCCGUCAUUUGCGGUGAAAUAUCAGGAGAAUGCCGAACGCGAGGGCAAACUGAUGCUCUCAUUGCAGCCGAUCAAAGUGAACUUGGAUCAGGACACGGCGGAAUUUUUGAGGGACUGGAUGGAGGAGCUCAAGCGUCGCAUCGAUGAGGCGCCGAAAUCGGCGUCGACCGAUGUCGGCGUCGUCAGAAGCGCGGACGUUUUCAUCAAAGAAUUGAUUUUCGCGCCGCCCACGAAAAUCUUCAUCAAUUAUCAAGGGAAGCGAAAAAUCAACGCGGAAGCGAAUGGAACGUUCAUCGGGGUCCUCAUGGGCUAUAGCAAUUUGAGCGAGAUUCCGAUCCAUCUGAAAGAGGUUGAGACGAAGAGGGGAUUUUUGGGAAUCGGCGAUUGUUUCAAGCACCUUGCACGCGAAUGGUCUCCGGGAUUCCGACCCGACGUCACUGCGGUGAUCACUAGCUGGAAACCGAUCAUUCCAAUUACCGAAAUUGGAAACGGCGUUUAUUAUAUAUUGAAGGCGUCGCUUGACGAGAUCCAUCGGCGCGAAAUCGACAAAAGCGUUCAGGACGGAGUUGCGCGAAUCGCGAACGCGGCGCGCGAUGGAAUAGUGACGAUAGUGAAGAGCGCUUCGGAUUUCGUCGUGAUGGCCUCGAUGAUGAAAAUGGUCGUUCUCAUCGCGCUGUUCGCCGUCCAAUCGUUUCAUUUCGCCAACGGCUGGCGAUUGUUCAACUCGAUUCUCGAGCUCAUCGAAUACACCAAAAUGCGAGCUAUCCCACGCGUCAAUAUCGAGCGAAUCUACGCGAUCCAAUCCGAUCUGCUGGGUAUUGUUGCCUGCGAGAUCUUCAUGGUCUUCCUAUUCUUCUUGAACGCCAGCCUAACCAUGAUGGUCCUUCUAUUCGGCAUGUCCCUACAAAAAAGCUCACUGGUCCUAACGAUCUCGCUUCUCGUCGUCGGCGUCGUCGUGCUCGGCCGUCGCGAGAUUCUCAAAACACUGACGACGACACUCGGCGACUCGAUGGCGUCGAUGAGCAAUCCGACGGUGUCGGCGCACUUCGCCAACGUGUUCGAGUGCUCGCUGAUUGAGAUGCCGUUGUGCUCGACGAUGUUCAUCAAAUCGCAGAUGCCGAUGAGCGUCCUCUACGGAUUCGGCUUUCUCACAAUCUUGGUCGCCUUCUAUAUCACAUUCAUUGCCAUUUUACGGGAUUGCGUGGGCAGCACUGAGAUCGACAUCGAGCCCAUCGACGUCCUUAUCGAAUUGCCCGACAGGAAAUAA